CCGAUGGGAGAGGGCGUGGGGAAUCGGGGGGAGGAGAGGGCGGGUGACGUAACCCUGAAUUUAAAUCUUGGUCGGUUGGUCGCGAGCGUCCACGUGACACGCAUCGCUCCAAUCAGAGAAGCAGCCGAGCUCCGGGAGGUCUCCGUGAGAGGAUCAGCCGCGUGCAUCAGUAACGCCUCCACAUCGCCUUUAAAGUCAUUCCAACAUGCAGCUGAUCUUUUGGAGAUGUCGUCCACCUCGCAGAAGCACCGCUCCUUCGUGGCAGAGCCCAUGGGAGAGAAGCCGGUGACGGCGCUCGCCGGCAUCGGUGACACCCUGGGGGGACGGCUCAUCGAACAGGGCUUCGACAGGGCAUACGUGGUGCUGGGCCAGUUUCUGGUUCUCAAGAAGGAGGAGGAGCUCUUCAAGGAGUGGCUCAAGGAAGUCUGCAAUGCCAACUCCAAGCAGUCGUCGGACUGCUUCACUUGCCUGCGGGAGUGGUGCGACGCCUUUCUCUGAGGCGCCCGCUCGCCUGUAAACGCACAGCCCGUCUUUGUGCGUUUACCCUCCGCAAGUUCACCGCCACCUCCUGCGCUCACCGCUCACUCGGUUGUUUUGCUGCCCGGAGUGAGGCUUGGUUGCUCACUCCCCCCUGCCCCCCAUGCGAUCCUGGUGAUGCCGGUUCACUCGCCUACUUAGUCAUUCACUGUGGCGAUGCUCGCCCACACACCCACCGCACACUGUUCCACACGCUCGCCCACCGCUCGCUCGACCACACAUCCAUUGCUCGCUCGCCCACACACCCACUGCUCACUCGCCCACACACUCGCCCACCGCUUGCUCACCCACCGACAGACUUACCCACCGCUAGGUCAAACACCCACACACUCACCUCUCGCCCGCUCAUUUGCCCACACAUUCACCCCACCGCUCACUCACACCCACCGAUUGCUCGCCCACACACUCACACACUGCUCGCUCACACACCCACUCCUCGCUCGCUCACACUGUCCCACCGCUCGCUCCCACACCCAUUACUCGCUCGCUGUUUCGCCCACACACCCACCGCUCCCCCACACACUCUCCCACUGCUCACUCAAACACCCACACACUCAGCCACCGCUUGCCCACACACUCAACCACCGCUCACCUACACAUCCGCCACUCGCUCGGCCAUGCAUUCGCCCACCGCUCGCUUGCCCAUACACUCGUCCACCACGCAUUCGCCCACCGCUCGCUCACACACCCACCGAGUCCGGCAAAUCGUUGGUGGGAAAAGAAAAAAAAACAACCACGGGUCUCUCGCUGGCACGGCUGCUCGGAUGUUCCAGUGUAGAAGGAGCGAGUCUCGGCAGUGGCUGUCGGUGGUUUGCUGGCUACGUGAUUGUUUGAUUGUUAAUGGGAUGUGGCGGGGGGGGGGGGCAGAUGUUUGGUUCCGAUCGGUGCGGAGGGAUUUAACUAGGGGAAAAAGAAGCACGUGGUGGGUUUUUCGUGAAAUUGUUAUUCUUGACACGGGAUUUUAAUUGUUCUGUCCCGAGGGAGGGUCGGUUUCGCUGUGGAGAGGGAAUAGAGACCCAUUUUACUCUACGCGAUGUUAAUAAAGUCUUUGAUAUUAGGCUGCUUGUGCGCCCUGCCUGUUAAAGUAAAAGUUGUUCUCAACCGGGAGUACGCGGACCCCCUGGGGGUAAGUGGGCAAUGUCCCAGGGGGUACAUGAGCUGAUUUAUAAAUGUUAAAUCCCCCCUGGGGGUAAGUGGGCAAUGUCCCAGGGGGUACAUGAGCUGAUUUAUAAAUGUUAAAUCAUACGUGAGAGUCAUUGGUGAAUAAUCGAUGUAUGAAUGCCAAUAUAAAAUAACUACAGUAAAAUGUAAAUCUAAAUGGUAACAUAGAACGAUAUAAAAUACCUUUCUAAGCUCAUUGAUCGUAAACAAUGUGGUUUCCAAGAGUAACCAGCGAGUGCUAUCAAAAUUGCGUCAAGCAUUUAGAGCGUCUGUUCAAAUAUUGAUUUUCAUUCCUAAAUUUAUUUAUCAGAACCAUGUUGGGUUAGGGAAGGAGGUUACUAAGUUGAAACAAUUCAAUAAGGGGUACACUAUCCAAAAGUUUGAGAACUACUGAUCUAUCGCACUCGCAUUAUGCUUAUCUUAUCGUCCAUGUUUGUCCUCCCCCCACACCUCCGUUUAGCACGGUUAUCUGCGUAUGGUGCAAAAGAAGUUCAACAUCGAGUACAUAUUUACCACGUGGACUGCGCAGUCAACCCACUGUGAUCCAUGCUCAUUCAACAUAGGAACGGCAAAACGACGCCGAUGCGCGUAUGUUGAACUUCCUUUGCACCGUACGAAUCCAACCGUGCUAAUCGGAGGUGCAGGGGGAAGGACAAAAAACUAAACACAAAGCAGUUCUAAGGCGGACAGGAACUGCUAAAGCCCUCGUCAUGACGAGCAGCAGAACCUUCACAUUGGCAUCGAGAUCCUGAAUUGCAUUGCUGCUGCAACUGCCAUGUGCAAGAAAGAAUAAAACCAUCGUCCAAUGCUGAAUCCA